AAGACAUCCUGUGUAAACUGCCCUGUCUGGUCAGUUAGAAAAAAGGGCUGUUCUCUCCACCCUGGUAGAGGUAGCUACUCUCCUGGACUCCUCCUUCCCAGAUACACCUCUUUCUUGAAAGAGUUUUAGGUACAAAACUGGACCCAGGUGACAUCUUGGCCUUGGGCAUAUGGACACUGUUGAAAACCGUCCCUCACAAACACUUUGGCUGGACUUUUGACCCUCCUCGGAAGGACCACUUCAAGAGCACACCUUGGGAAAGUAUCCUAGCUCGAGUCUGUGAUGAGGGCUCUUGCUACACAAAAACCUAUGUGGCGCCCAGGGUAUUAUAUAAGCCCUUGGCAGGAGGGGAGAUAGUCCGGUCUGUGCGCUUCGGCCGCCGCAGUCGCAGCAGCCACGGCGCAGCAGCAGCAGCGAGAGCCGAGAGCCGCUCAGGUUGAUUUAGAACGCGGGUGACAGUGGCCUGGCGCGAGCCUGCGGCUGACGACAGCGGCUGAUCCCGCUCGGUUUCCAUGGAGACGGGCAGGAGCCGCGGCGGCGGCGGCGCGGCUGUCAGCGAGCGCGGCGACGCGCGCGCGGGGGUCUGCAGGAGGCAGGAGCAGGCCGGGGCCCUCGCCGCAGACAUGGACUCGCAUUGUGAGUGCGCCGCGGAGACGCCCGCCGCAGAGCCGCCGUCGGGGAAGAUCAAUAAGGCUGCGUUCAAGUUAUUCAAGAAGAGGAAAUCUGGGGGGACCAUGCCCAGCAUUUUUGGGGUCAAAAACAAAGGGGAUGGGAAGAGCGCGGGGCCGACGGGGAUGGUGAGAAGCAGGACCCACGACGGACUAGCGGAGGUACUGGUGCUGGAGGGCAGCAAGAAGGAGGAGCCGCCCGGCGGGGGCGAUCACGGCGGGGCCCGGCCGAACCCCGGGCCCCCCAAAGCCGCCGGGCCUGGUCUGGGCUCUCUGGCCAGCAGCUCGGUGGCCAAGUCCCACAGCUUCUUCUCCCUGCUGAAAAAGAACGGGCGAUCCGAGACCGGCAAGGGGGACCCUGCCGAGGCGAGCAAGGCUGGCGGCAAACAAAAGAGGGGGCUGAAAGGGAUCUUCAGCAGCAUGCGCUGGCACCGGAGGGACAAGCGCGGCAAGGAGGAGGAGGAGAAGGCGGCGCGCGCGGCGGGCCCGGGCAGCCUAGUCCUGCCCGGCUCGCUCACCGCCAGCCUGGAGUGCGUCAAGGAGGAGCCGCCCCGAGCCGCGCGCCGCCCGGACAGCCCGGGCCAGGACGCCCCGCGACACGCAGCAGGUGAGCCCGAAGGGGGAGAGCAGGCGCCCGCGUCCGCCGAGCGCGCCCCGGCGCGGACCUGCCUCGAGGCCGCGAGCCCCGCCGGCCCUGGCGACCAGAGCGCCCGGGGAGAGGACGCCGAGGGGCACUGGCGCGCGGAGAAGCCCGGGGCAGCCCUCGAGUCGGGAGCCGGCGAGGUCCAGGCGGCCGAUGAUGCGUCCAGGACAGGUGACGUUCCGAUAAAGACCGUCCCCCUUGUCGACUCCGAAGGUGGCAGCGGCCGGGCGUCUGCCGUCCCUGACCCUUCCUCUGUUGAUCCACCCUCAGACCCGUCGGCAGAUCGUAUUUGUUUGAUGUUUUCUGACGUGACUUCACUGAAAAGCUUUGACUCUCUUACAGGCUGUGGAGAUAUUAUUGCAGACCCAGAAGAAGAGGCAGGCCCCAGCUGUGACAAGCAUGCCCCCGGGCCAGGCAAGGCAGUGCUCUCUAAAAAGAACACCAGCGUGGUGGCCUACCAAGGAGGAGGGGAGGAGAUGGCCAGCCCGGAUGAGGUGGACGACACCUAUCUCCCGGAAUUCUGGGACAUGUUGUCCCAGACUGAGGACCAAGGACAAGGGCCCCAAGAGAGCGCAGCGAAGGCUGCCACUGCUUCGGACUCCAAACUGGCCCCUGAGACCUCCAAUGAUGCCCGGUGUGGGGAAGUAGUCAAGGACGUGUCCUCUGUCAAGCGCAGGAGGCUCCACAGGAUCCCCGUUGAGGCUCAGCAGAAGGACGAGCCAAAGCACCCGGAAAAGGAGCAUCAAGAAGGUGUCCCUAACAGCGACGAGGGCUACUGGGACUCCACCACUCCUGGUCCAGAGGAAGAUAGCGCCAGCAGCAGUAAGAAGGCAGUCAUCCCCAGGGAUAGCGACAGUGGCGAUGCUCUCUAUGAUCUCGACACUGAACCCGAAGGAAGCCCAGCUGCCCUUCCUGCCACAGAGGACCCACCCUGCUUGUCCCGGCUCAAGCCCGUGUCUCCAAGCACCAUCACCUGUCCACUGAGAACACCAGGCAGCUUGCUGAAGGACUCUAAAAUCCCCAUUAGCAUCAAGCAUCUCUCCAACCUUCCAUCCAGCCAUCCUGUGGUGCACCAGCAACCAGCCAGGAGUGAGAUGCCCAGAACAAAAAUCCCCGUUUCCAAAGUGCUGGUCCGCAGGGUCAGCAACCGGGGUUUGGCUGGGACCACCAUCAGGGCAGCAGCAUGCCAUGACAGUGCCAAAAAGUUGUGAGGUCUCCGAGGCCAAGGAGGAUGGAUGUUCUGUGAGUUAAGGAAUACAACUUUCCCCUGGAAACCACUGAAGGAAGUUUGCUUUGCCCAAAGCAAACCAUUUAGGACCCACCCUUCUCCAUAUGGCCUAGAAGUCUUUGUUGGAGACAGGGACAGGGCACCCUGGAAGGGGGAUGUUACACCUGGAGUUCAGAUAAGUUCCUGGGAAUUCUUUUCUAGCACUUUUUUUUUCUUUUAACUUUUAAAAAAAUCUGGGUUUCUUCUUCUUCUUUUCUUUAAUUCAUGGAUCAGAAGUCGCCUUCCCUUGCUUUUGCAGAAAAUAAAAUUUAACCAAAUCUAACAAAUAUAUCAUGCCAGGAUAUCGGGCUGUUCUAGAGUCAAGAGGGCCUUGAGGAAUCUCACUAACAACAGAAUUCUUGCCUCUCUUUCCAGGAAAAAACAAAACAAAACAAAACAAAGACCCUUUGCUUAUCACUGUGUGGGAAACACCUGCAAAGCUUAAAGAUCCAAAUAGCUAUGGGAUGAGAAGAGGGACCUACUGGCUGGCAGAAUCCCCCCGCCCCAACGUCCAGUUGCCAGACAUACAAAUAGGUAAAGAUCUAUCUCUACAAAAACAGAAAGGUUUUAGUUUGGCUGGUUCAGAUCAUUUGUUUGAGGAGAAAUAAAAGGCUCAUGAUUAGUUUAUGUGGUUUUUGUUUUGUUUGUGUAUUUUUUGGGUCCACUCCUCCCUCUUGGGGCAAAAAUUAGGAUCAGGGAAAGAUCUCACUAAAUGCUAGUUACACAGUAUUUUGUCAUUUGUAAACGUCAACCUUCUUACAUGUAGAUAAUGCAUAUUUUAACAGUUUGUCUCACGGUUAACAUUUUACAACCCGUCAAUGAUAUAGAAUUUAGAGUCUGGUCUUAUAGUUGGAUAUGAUGACAAACCAUUGUGGUUCUUUAUGCACUGUAACCUGGGGCAGGGAUGCUUUCGAUUUAUGAGGGUUCUUUGCAUAUAUAUAUAUAUAUCCAAUGCCCUUGAACAAUGAUCUGCCUGGCCUUGGUUAAGAGUCCAUUUCUCAGCCCAAACCAGAGAUUUUACCUUGUUUAUAAAAAUGUUGAAUCCAACCAUUUCCCCAAGGUUAGGAAGUCCAAAAUGAACAUAUCAAGAAAUAAUAGAAAAAUACAAGUUUAAAGCUACUCAUUUUACUUUUGCUAUAUAAACCUAUGCCUGAACAGGUGUAUUCUUCAUGUGACACUGGCAAACCUAAGUGUGUAAACAUUCUACUAAAUUACUUUUGAGAAAUGGUUUGAUUCGAUAUUUGCUCUCUAAUAUUUUAGCUGAAACUCUGAUGCCUUGGCAGUUCAAACAAUGCAGUGAAGGGGUUCCUCGAAUGCUGUCAGUGUCUGCUGACUAAAAACUGAUGUCCUCUGGAGGUGCAGUUAACUCAAAGGGCUGGAGCUUCUACCAGGGGUGCUGUGGCACAUCGGGAGGAUGGCACAUAUCCCAGUGGCCCUGCAUGUGUGUGAACGAUAUGAGCACAGUGUAAUUUGAGUUCUAGAGAGAUGAUUAAGAAAUGGUCUGCUAUUUUGUGUUUUAAGAUUUUAGUUAUAUUUUGUAAAAGAAAAAAAAGAAGCUAAAUAUAUGAAAAUUUAUUUUAAUAGUGUGAAGGAAGCAAAAAUAAGUGGGCAUCAAGGGAAACUUGAUAAGGCAUAAAGGAACAUAUUCCCAUUUCCAAUUUGUAGCAAUUCCCUUAGAAGAGGGGGCAGAGGUCUGCUGUAUCUCUUAGAUUACUGACUUUUACUGUAUUGUCUCAGGUCCUUGAUGUUAUCGCAAAGCAAUGCUUUAAUUUUUAAUUUCCUUGUAUCUAGAAAUGAGACCCUCCACGUACUCAUCACCCUAAGCAUUCUGGACUUUUUAAUCAGAUACUAUACAAGCAUCUCAUACAUGCUCAGGAAUUCAUCUGGAUAAAAAUUAACAGAAGACAUCUCAAAACAGUUGGGAUUUGGCAAUAUUUUGAAAAUCACUUCUGCCCUUGAGAAAAGACUUUUAAAUCUGAUUAAUAAUUAUAGAAAUAUUUAGACCCAAAGAUGCAUUUGUUUUCCCCUAGAACCGGAGAGGACAUGCAGCAUUUUACUUCUAGCAGGAAAACAAGGGCACUUUUUCCUUGUGCUUUUCCCUGCCAAGAUCCUAUUUACCUUUGCAGGACUCCGUGGCUGGGUUUUGUUUGCACUUGUGCAGCUGUGUAGGGAAGGUAGCAUAUGAAGACUGGGUUCAGACAGUGUCAGAGUAAUGGCAGGUGGUUGCUGACGCACCAGAAGCCCCUCCUUCAAGCCUUCCCAGCUUGGAGGUUUAUUUCGGCAAUCACCACUAUGCCAUCCUUGCUUUAUAAGUGAAGGAACAUUUUAGCAAUAGUUACCUUAAUUUCCUCCUGGCAAUUAACCAGUUACAAAAGACUUAAAAUGUUUUAUUUAUAAAAUUCUUUUUACCACACUUCCCCCCCCCACCCUGAUUUUUCUCUUUUAUGCUGCACAUUUAAGAACAGCACCCGUGCCGGUCCAGUCAAGGACUUGGCACUUGGCAGUGGACUGAAUGCCCUUAGCUGUUAGCAGUUAGGACAGUGGUCAGCCUUCUCCAAACACAGAAAAGGGAUCAGAGUUGCUUUCUUGUGCCAAGGGUUACUUUGUCUUACUUGUGUUUGCAAGAAAUUCCUAGAUUUUCAUGCAACUGUUUAUGAGUGUGUUAUCUCAUAGUCUUGUGAGAACUGGACAGGCUUCUUUGCUGACUCUUAGAGAAAGGUCAGACAUGAGCAAGUGAUGAUUUCUUGGUAUGUGCGGUUCUAAGGCCCAUUGGAUUGACACCCUUUGGGUAAAGAGCUGCCUGAGAGGAGAGAACAAACAGCUAAGUCAACUGUUGGGCAGGAAUUUGUCAGUUUAAUGGCUCUGAACAAAGACGGCCUGUCUUUAAUAUCUACACCACACACACACACACACACACACACACACACACACACACACACACUCACUGCUCAUUUAGUCCUGCCUUGGUUCUGCUGGCCGUGGCGGCUCUUAUUCUCCUCCAUCAUGGAGUGGGAGACAUUUCAUUUACUUCAGCAUUUCAAAUAAUCACAAGAGGAAAUACAUUUUUAUGAUUUCACAUAACAACAAUGCAAUACAGAUCAUCAGGACUCCUCUGAGAUUCAUUUUUGCACAAAACUUAUCUGCCCUAUUGACAUGCAAAUAUACAUUCAGUGUUUAAUCUGUGCAGACGACAUCUUGCCCGGCUUAGAGGGCUUACUCACUCAUCUCAGUUCUUUUUCAUUCAUUGAAAUUAAUAUGCAAAGUACCCUAUGCUGACUCAAUUGUCAAGGUCAAAGCCUAUAUCAGGUGUUAAGGUUCCUUUGACCAAACUUUCUAAGAGUUUUCACUUUUCACUCUUUCUCUGAUCUAUCUGGGGGAAGGUCUUUACUAAGAGCAUUAUCUGAAGAGGCUGGCUCUUGUGGUUUUAUCUCCCUUUGUUUUCAUCAUAGUUACCUCCUGCCCUGGAUAGUGAGAACACAACAUUCUCCAUGUUGUUGCUGGUCUUCUGGACCAUGUUAGCAAGUUUUGCUCCCUCGUUGCUCUUUGUAAAUGUCUUCCUUGCACUGAAAAUGUGCGAACUUGGCUCUCUGGGCUUGACCUCUACUGAGACAUAAGCCAGUCAGUCACCUACACUCUGCUUCCCUCCCGAGUGCUAAAAAAAUAUUAACACAAGAGUUUUCCCGUCGCCUCUCCUUGUCUCCAGGACGGCCAGUUAGAAGGCUCUACAUAAGGAUCCAAACACCUCAGCUAACCUUGGUCUUAUCCUUUCUCAGCCCACCAAGAAAGGACUCAAUUAUUCGUGUAAGCUCAGCCUUGGAAAUUUUGAUUCACUAUGCAAAAAAAAUAAAAAAAUAAAAAA